CGCUCACGCCCAAGGAGUCUGGAGAAGACUCUAAAAUCCUCGGUCACGCCCAAGGAGUCUGGAGAAGACUCUAUAUAGAAUCCUUGAUCAUGCCCAAGGAGCCUAGUCUCCUUGCUCAUGCCUGCAUGAAGACACCGUGGAUCAAUUACUCUUGGCUGGACAUUGAAUAUUAGUUUGGUAAUUGUAACAUUGCUGAGUUUGCUUAAGCCAUAAAGGAUUUAUAUCAAAGUCAUCUUUACUGUAAAGCUCAAGGCAGUCUUUUAUUUUUGGUCACUAUAAUUUAACAAUAUGAUACAUACCUAUACAAUUGUAAUGAAAUCAUAGACAAGGUCAGCUCUUUGGAGCUAAAAUUGUUUAUUAUUUAGAAAAUCAAGUUAAAAAAACACAUUUUAGUCAUUUUCAUAUCAAUAAUUAAAAAUCUCAAAUGUAAUUCAUUUAACAAAAAAUCAAACCAGACUUUUAAUUUCUCUUCAAAUUUAGAGGAUUUUUUUUGUCUUUUAGCUUUAGAAAGUAAUGUUAAUACAAAAAUAAAUAUCCAUUAGAAAAGUAGCUAAAAAAUCUCCUUUUCCUAGUUUUGUAUAACCCAUUACAGUCCCCAAAUAUUUACAGAGGUACAUAAUGGGAGAAAGUGUCAGAGUCCAACGAUUUUGAGGUAUUGGCCUUCGUCUUCUUCUUCCUUUUCUCUUACUUCACAUCCACACAAAAAUUCAUGUGCACAUCCUGAUAAUAAUGAGUUCCAUGGCCUCCACGGGUUGACGCUCUAACCUGAUAGACCACCACAGAGCCUGCGACAAUUGUGGCCUAAAGGUGCACCACGCCGCCCAAGACUCGCAGCUCUAGCUUUCACAUCAAAAGCAAACUCUGUAAAGUAAGGAAAAGUUGGGAACAUACACUAUAGCUGCAUGUGGCGGUGGUGCUCAUCUCCGCUCUGUUGGGCCUCUGAGCCUGCGGUGAGAGAACCCUUAACCCGUCCGCUGUGAUUGGCAUGGAUUUGUCCUUCACUGGUAGCCUGGUAACAUACACUCCCAGGUCUUUCUCUGCCUCUGUGGUGGAUAGUGGAGUGUUUCCCAUGUGGUAUUGGUACGCUGGAUAUCCCUUCACUGGUAGCCUGGUAACAUACACUCCCAGGUCUUUCUCUGCCUCUGUGGUGGAUAGUGGAGUGUUUCCCAUGUGGUAUUGGUAUGCUGGAUAUCCCUUCACUGGUAGCCUGGUAACAUACACUCCCAGGUCUUUCUCUGCCUCUGUGGUGGAUAGUAGAGUGUUUCCCAUGUGGUAUUGGUAUGCUGGAUAUCCCUUCACUGGUAGCCUGGUAACAUACACUCCCAGGUCUUUCUCUGCCUCUGUGGUGGAUAGUGGAGUGUUUCCCAUGUGGUAUUGGUGUGCUGGAUAUCCCUUCACUGGUACCCUGGUAACAUACACUCCCAGGUCUUUCUCUGCCUCUGUGGUGGAUAGUGGAGUGUUUCCCAUGUGGUAUUGGAUUGCUGGAUAUCCCUUCACUGGUAGCUUGGUAACAUACACUCCCAGGUCUUUCUCUGCCUCUGUGAUGGAUAGUGGAGUGUUUCCCAUGUGGUAUUGGAAUGCUGGAUAUCCCUUCACUGGUAGCCUGGUGCCAUACACUCCCAGGUCUUUCUCUGCCUCUGUGGUGGAUAGUGGAGUGUUUCCCAUGUGGUAUUGGAAUGCUGGAUAUCCCUUCACUGGUAGCUUGGUAACAUACACUCCCAGCUCUUUCUCUGCCUCUGUGGUGGAUAGUGGAGUGUUUCCCAUGUGGUAUUGGAAUGCUGGAUAUCCCUUCACUGGUAGCCUGGUACCAUACACUCCCAGGUCUUUCUCUGCCUCUGAGGUGGAUAGUGGAGUGUUUCCCAUGUGGUAUUGGUGUGCUGAAUAUCCCUUCACUGGUAGCCUGGUAACAUACACUCCCAGGUCUUUCUCUGCCUCUGUGGUGGAUAGAGGAGUGUUUCCCAUGUGGUAUUGGAAUGCUGGAUAUCCCCUCCCAAGGUGCAGGACUUUACAAUUUUCUUCAUUGAAUUGUAGCAGCCACAUUUUGAUCCAUUCUUGUAGCUUGGUGAUGUCUUCUUGUAGGCAAUUCGCAGUCGAGGGGUUAACCUCACACAGGGCCAGUGAGACAUCCAUGUUACCACAGUUUACCUUCCCCAGGUUUCCCCAGGUACCCAUUCAUCGAUCAGCCUGAAAGGAAGGGUGAACAGCUGAGUGGGCUGCACGCUGACUCCCCAGGGCAAAAUUUGAACCCAGAGCUGCAGAUUCAUAGUCAAGAAUGCUAACCACUGCCCUGAGAUGUCCCCGCUGGUAAAGGCUACAGUGUGUUCUUGUACAUCACCACACAAGGACAAAUGACAAGUUUUUAUCUGAAGAGGACUGGCUGGGUCUGCAGGUUACAAAUAUUAAUACUGGCUAUCUUAUCAGGCUUUUUAGUUUUUUUAGUUUAUUGCCUUUGAGCUGUUCCCUUUCUUCCUUUUCUUCUUUUUUGUUUUAUGUUCAUUUUUCCCUUAUGACAAUGCUCAUCUCCCUUAUCAGCUGUUUCCUUUCUUUUUCUUUCUCUUCUUUGUUCAAUGUCCCUAUUUUCCCUUACAAGCAGUUUCCAAUACUGUAAAAAAAAAAAAAUGUCACUGAUUGCCUCACUCCCAAACCUUCCCCUCGCACUUUCCACUUUGGCACACUUUCUUUGCCAGGAGCGAGUGUGGUGGCCAGUAGUGUGAGCAAGGGUGGCACAGAUGUUGCUACACUCUUCGCCACACUUGGUUUUCUCUGCCGCAAGCGAGUGUGUUGGCUAGUAGUGUGAGCAAGGGUGGCACAGAAUGACCCAACCCUUCCCUUGCACUUUCCACUUUAGCAAACUUGUUUUUCUUUGCCAGGAGCGAGUGUGUUGGCCAGUAGUGUGAGCAGGAGGGGUACAUAUCUUGGGAUGCAUAGCUGGACAAACCAAAAC